AUGACGGACGCUACUGCAGCAACAACGACGGCAACAGAUAUCGAUAAGAACCAUGUCGAAAAUGUCGAAACUACAGAAUCUAUCCAUAAGCCUAGCAACGCUGCUAACGGUAAAGGCAAAGACAAAGCGGCUGCGCUCCUCGCAUCGAACGAACGCAUCGUCGUAACAUCCGCCGAGAACAAACGCGUCUUGAAGAAGAUCGAUCUUGUCAUAUUACCCAUCCUCCUUAGUGUCUACUUUCUGCAGUCUCUCGACAAGACCACUCUGUCCUACGCUUCCGUAUUUGGGCUCAUCGAGGAUGCCAACCUUGACCCGAACAGUCAGCAAUACUCAUGGCUAGGCAGUAUUGUUUACAUUGCUCAGCUAGUAGCGCAACCAGUCGUUGCUGUAUUGCUAGUCAAGCUGAGGAUGGGAAAGUUCAUGGGCGUGAUGGUCUUCACCUGGGGUGUCAUUCUGUGUGGCAUGGCGGGUGCAAGAGACUUCGCUGGGCUCAUGGCAACACGGUUCCUACUGGGUGCUUUCGAAGCUGCCAUAGCACCUGCAUUCAUUGCCGUCGUCCAGAUGUGGUAUAAGCGUGGAGAGCAAACGAACCGCAACGCAGCCUGGUACGCCAUGCUAGGUAUCGUCAACAUUCUGGGGAGCUUGCUCUCGUACGGCUUGGGACAUAUCAAGUCGGACCUCCUGCACUCAUACCAGAUCAUCUUCCUCUUUUGUGGCCUGCUCACAGUUAUCGUGUCGGUCUUCGUUUGGUUCUUCAUGCCGGACUCUCCUGUCGAAGCAAAGUUCCUAAAUGAUCACGAGAAGCUGGUUGCGGUCGAGCGUCUGCGUAUGAAUCAAAUGGGUGUCGCAUCCCGCGUCUGGAAGUGGGAUCACGUAUUGGAGGCCUUCAUGGAUCCCAAGACUUGGCUUUGGUUUUCCAUGUUGACGGCUGUCAGCAUUCCUAGUGGUGGUAUCACUACAUUCGGACCUUUGAUCAUUCAGAGUUUCGGAUUUGGUCAAUUUGCAACCAUUCUCUUCAACAUGCCGUUCGGCGUCGUCCAGAUUGUGGCAACUAUAGGGGGCGCAUGGCUAGCAACAUGGCUCAAGAAAAAGAGCCCGGUCUUGAUCCUAUUGUGUAUCCCGCCAAUCAUUGGCAUCAUUAUCCUCAUGGUCGUUGGACGCGGCGAUUCGAACAAAGGCGUCUUGCUUUUCGGAUAUUACCUCACGUCAUUUUACCCCGGAAUAUCUCCGCUCAUCUAUUCCUGGUCCGGCCAGAAUACUGGAGGCGACACGAAGCGUAAAGUAACGACUAGUAUCCUCUUUGUCGGCGCUAGUGCGGGUAACAUCAUCGGACCCCAACUUUUCAAGCCGUCCGAGAAGCCACACUAUUACAGAGGAUUGCGCGCCAAUUUGGCAUUGUUCAUUGCAAUUAUUGUUCUGAUUUUACUUGCAAUGUUCUGGAUCAAGCUGUUGAAUCGGAAGCAUGCAGCAACAAGGGAGAGCAUGGGCAAAUCGGCGAUCGUUGUUGAUACGAGUAUGGGAACUGCGCGUGAAGGUGACGCCGAGGAAGCUGACAACGCACAAGCCAGUGGCGUGGGUGACAAGGCGUUCGAUGAUCUGACUGAUAUCAAGAACGAAGAUUUCGUUUAUGUUUUAUAA